GGCUCCAGGGGGAGGGGAGAGGGAGUGACUCACCCAGAGCUGGGAGAGACGCCCCCCACCAGGCUCCUCCUCCACCCUCUCCUCCCUCCACCCCUCCCUCCCUCCUGGGCUGAAACUCCAGAACGAGAGCAGACAGGACUUCUCUCUGCCCGGCCAGCAUCACGGUCACUACAGCCCACCCUGCCCCCGGCCCCUGCUCCAUGGUGACACGACCGCCGGUGACAUGAGGCUGCCCCGCGCUCUGCUCCCCCUGCUGCUGCAGGCCUGCUGGGCCUCUGCGCAGGACGACCCCCUGGCAUCGAGGGCCAUCGCCUUCCAAGACUGCCCUGUGGACCUGUUCUUUGUGCUGGAUACCUCCGAGAGCGUGGCCUUGAGGCUGAAGCCCUAUGGGGCCCUGGUGGACAAGGUUAAGUCCUUCACCAAGCGCUUCAUUGACAACCUGAAGGACAGGUACUACCGCUGUGACCGCAACCUGGUGUGGAAUGCGGGCGCGCUGCACUAUAGCGACGAGGUGGAGAUCAUCCGCGGGCUCACGCGCAUGCCCAGCGGCCGCGACGCGCUCAAGAGCAGCGUGGACGCCGUCAAGUACUUCGGGAAGGGCACCUACACGGACUGCGCCAUCAAGAAGGGUCUGGAGGAGCUGCUCGUGGGGGGCUCCCACCUGAAGGAGAACAAAUACCUGAUCGUGGUGACUGAUGGGCACCCUCUGGAGGGCUACAAGGAACCCUGCGGGGGCCUGGAGGAUGCCGUGAAUGAGGCCAAGCAUCUGGGCAUCAAAGUCUUCUCCGUGGCCAUCACACCAGACCACCUGGAGCCACGUCUGAGCAUCAUCGCCACGGACCACACGUACCGGCGCAACUUCACGGCGGCCGACUGGGGGCAGAGCCGCGACGCCGAGGAAGUCAUCAGCCAGACCAUUGACACCAUCACGGACAUGAUUAAAAAUAAUGUGGAGCAAGUGUGCUGCUCCUUCGAGUGCCAGCCCGCCAGAGGACCCCCCGGGCCUCGAGGCGACCCCGGGUACGAGGGAGAACGAGGGAAGCCGGGGCUCCCGGGAGAGAAAGGAGAAGCUGGAGAACCUGGAAGACCUGGGGACCUCGGACCCGUCGGCUACCAGGGCAUGAAGGGAGAAAAAGGGAGCCGAGGGGAGAAGGGCUCCAGGGGACCCAAAGGCUACAAGGGCGAGAAGGGAAAGCGUGGCAUGGACGGCGUGGAUGGCAUGAAGGGGGAGACAGGGUACCCCGGCCUGCCAGGCUGCAAGGGCUCACCCGGAUUCGACGGUGUCCAAGGACCCCCCGGGCCCAAGGGCGACGCAGGUGCCUUUGGACUGAAAGGAGAGAAGGGUGAGCCCGGAGCAGACGGGGAGCCUGGGAAGCCAGGGAGCACGGGGCCCCCCGGAGAUGAGGGUGAGCCCGGAGAGCCCGGUCCCCCGGGAGAGAAGGGAGAAGCCGGCGAUGAGGGAAAUGCAGGACCAGACGGAGCCCCCGGAGAGAAGGGAGGCCCUGGGGAAAGAGGACCUCGAGGGACCCCAGGUGCACGGGGCCCAAGAGGAGACCCGGGUGAAGCUGGACCCCAAGGUGACCAGGGACGAGAAGGCCCCGUCGGUGUCCCCGGUGACCCGGGUGAGGCUGGCCCCAUUGGGCCGAAAGGAUACCGAGGUGAUGAGGGGCCCCCAGGGACCGAGGGCCCCAAAGGAGCUCCAGGGCCUGCAGGCCCCCCCGGAGACCCCGGGCUGAUGGGUGAGAGGGGUGAAGACGGCCCCCCCGGGAAUGGCACCGAAGGUUUCCCCGGCUUUCCCGGCUACCCAGGCAGCAGAGGUCCUCCUGGGAUAAACGGCACCAAAGGCUACCCCGGCCUCAAGGGGGACGAGGGAGAAGCCGGGGACCCCGGAGAGGACAAUAAUGACAUUGCUCCACGAGGCCCCAAAGGAGCAAAGGGCUACCGAGGUCCUGAAGGCCCCCAGGGACCCCCAGGACACGUGGGACCACCAGGGCCAGACGUAAGUGUUGUGAAUAUCCUUGGACGCCAUAUGAUCGCCUCUUUCUUCUCUUCCCAGCUUGCUGUGGUGAGUCUGACUCUUCACCUGGGGGGCAGACUCGUCUCCCCUCCCCUGGAUUGGCCCUGGGUGCUGGCCUGCCCAUCCUCCCCUGGUCAUUCACGCAGUCAGGGAUGGGGGGACCGGAGUUCUCUCCAUGACCCCCAGUCCUUGAGCCCCCACCCCUCGCUGCCCUGCUUUGGAGGGGUCCUGGGAGGGGCUCCGAGGCUUACCGCACCUCUGCCACCUGCAGAGUGCAAGUGCGGGCCCAUCGACAUCCUCUUCGUGCUGGACAGCUCCGAGAGCAUCGGCCUACAGAACUUCGAGAUCGCCAAGGACUUCAUCGUCAAGGUCAUUGACCGGCUGAGCAGGGACGAGCUGGUCAAGUUUGAGCCUGGGCAGUCGCAUGCAGGCGUGGUACAGUACAGCCACAACCAGAUGCAGGAGCACGUGGACCUGAGGGACCCCAACAUCAGGAGUGCCCAGGACCUCAAGGAAGCCAUCAAGAAGCUGCAGUGGAUGGGCGGGGGCACCUUCACGGGCGAGGCCCUACAGUAUACCCGGAGCCGGCUGCUGCCGCCCACCCAGAACAACCGCAUCGCCCUGGUCAUCACGGACGGCCGCUCAGACACCCAGAGGGACACCACCCCGCUCAGCGUGCUCUGCGGCCCUGACAUCCAGGUGGUCUCCGUGGGCAUCAAGGAUGUCUUUGGCUUGGCCGCGGGCUCUGACCAGCUCAACGUCAUCUCCUGCCAAGGCCUGGCACCCCAGGGACGGCCAGGCAUCUCGCUGGUCAAGGAAAACUAUGCCGAGCUGCUGGACGACGGCUUCCUGAAGAAUAUCACCGCCCAGAUCUGCAUAGACAAGAAAUGUCCAGAUUACACCUGCCCGAUCACCUUCUCCUCCCCGGCCGACAUCACCAUCCUCCUGGACGGCUCAGCCAGCGUGGGCAGCCACAACUUUGACAUCACCAAGCGCUUUGCCAAGCGGCUGGCAGAGCGCUUCCUGACAGCGAGCCGGACAGACCCGGGCCAGGACGUGCGCGUGGCCGUGGUGCAGUACAGUGGCACGGGGCAGCAGCGGCCGGAGCGGGCGGCCCUGCAGUUCCUGCAGAACCACACGGUGCUGGCCAACACCGUGGACUCCAUGGGCUUCUUCAAUGACGCCACCGAUGUCAUGGACGCCCUGGGCUACGUGACCCGCUUCUACCGCGAGGCCUCGUCCGGCACCGCCAAGAAGAGGCUGCUGCUCUUCUCAGAUGGUAACUCGCAGGGCGCCACGCCGGCCGCCAUCGAGAAGGCGGUGCAGGAGGCCCAGCGGGAGGGUGUGGAGAUCUUCGUGGUGGUGGUGGGCCGCCAGGUGAACGAGCCCCACGUGCGUGUCCUGGUCACGGGCAAGGCGGCGGAGUACGACGUGGUCUUCGGCGAGCGCCACCUGUUCCGCGUGCCCAGCUACCAGGCGCUGCUGCGGGGCGUCUUCUACCAGACGGUGUCCAGGAAGGUGGCUCUGGACUAGUGGCCUGGCCCCUGCCACCGAGACAGAGGCAAGAGGGGACCUAACGUUCCUGACCGACCCGACUAGCUAGGAUUUUUUUAAGGGAAAGCUUGAAAAGCCAUGAUUCGAUGCUCUAUGCUUGGCCUGCCCCCCAGAGCAGAGUGUCGGUGCUGGGGUUCUGCAGGCCCCCUCCUGCCACCUGCCUGAGCCUGCACCCCAAGUGCCCUCCUCCUGCUGCCUGUCCACGUCCCCUCAUCCCAGUCAGAACACCAGCACCUGGUUCUCUUUCCUUUCUGGGGUCUGCUGUCACUGCCUUCCCUCUCCACCAACGCCCGCCACCACCACCCAGAGCUUGACUUCCUUCCGAUCCUAGAGUCUUUCAGAAAACCCUCGCUCAGCCAAAAGUCAGGUCUCCCAGGGAACUUGCACAGGAGCAUGAGCCCUGAUGAGCUGACACCCCUCACGAGGCUCUUGUCACUCACACCUGCCAGCAGAAACCACGACUCCUCCUUGAUGGCAAAGCCCAGACCGCAAACCCCAGAGCGAAGGUGCUAUCCUGCCCCACCCCACCCCAGGACUGGAGGCCUGGCCGCACCCCCUGGGGCACAGUGAGGCGUUUUAUCAGAAACAAGCUGAAGCCCUUUUUCCUCAAGAAAGUGAUUGGUUCUACAUUUUAUUGAAGAUUUUCUUGGUUCUUUAGUUUUACUUUUACUCCUUUCUGUGUUUUUUCUCAACCGUGUUCAUGUGGGCGACUUUUCCAAAUAAAGGUUUUCACUCUCCUUUC